AUGAAUCGGAAAGCAGAGAGGGGAAUGAGGGAAGAAUCAUCAAAGCAAGAGGAAGCGAAUACGAGUUACGAUGAUGAUGAACAGCAGGUGUGCACGCCCAGGGUGUCUUGCGGGUGCUUCCUCGUAUCAGACGGAUAUACGCUGUUUCAUCAUCAGAGCAACGACGACCAAGAAAACGAACAACAAGCGAGAGACAACUGGUGGCACAGGCAAAUGAAGAAGAUGAAGACCGAUUUUCUGCGAUACAGAGCCAACAAGAAAGCCAGGAGAUUGCGGUUUCAUUAUGAUCCUAAGAGCUAUGCUCUUAAUUUUGAUGAUGCUGCUGCCGCCCACAACACUACCAGUCAUCACCAUGCUGCUUUUGUAAUUUCUCACUAA